AUGGGCCGUCGGCUCAUCCAUGGUCUCUCUGGAGCUGCAGUCUUCCUUGUCAGCAUGGCUCUCCUCUCUGUGCGGCACCGUGGGGCUCAGAAAACAGCUCGGUACCCAGAGCUCAGGGAGGGAAUGUUGGAGAAGCCAGAGCAACAGAGCAAAGCGAGCCCAGAGGGAGGUGGUGGCAGGAGGCGAAAGGACCUGCAAGUGCAUCCUCUGGAGGGAUACAGGACUGAGGGGAGCCUGACGCUUGGGGACAUUUUCAUAGCAGUGAAGACAACCAAGAGAUUUCACCAAAGCAGGAUGGAGCUGCUCCUAGACACAUGGAUAUCCCAGGCCAGAGAGCAGACCUAUGUCUUCACCGAUGAAGAAGACGAUGCCCUGAAAAGGAGAAUGGGUGAUCAUGCGAUCUUCACCAACUGCUCUGCCGAGCACAGCCACCUGGCCCUCUCCUGCAAGAUGGCCGCUGAGUUCGAUGCCUUCCUGUCCAGUGGCCGGAGCUGGUUUUGCCAUUUGGAUGAUGACAACUACCUAAACCCUCGGGCCCUCCUGAAACUUUUGUCCUCCUACUCUGCGACAUGGGAUGUCUACCUGGGGAAACCCAGCCUGAACCGACCCAUCCGAGCCUCUGAAAUGCUGCCAAACAACCAGACGAAAUCUGUGCACUUCUGGUUUGCCACAGGAGGGGCUGGGUUCUGCAUCAGCCGCAAGCUGGCAAGCAAGAUGGUGCCAUGGGCCAGUGGCAGGAAAUUCCUGAGCACGUCAGAGCUCAUCCGCCUGCCAGAUGACUGCACCGUGGGUUACAUUAUUGAGUGCAAAGUCGGUGGACAGCUGCUGCCCAACACACUCUUCCACUCCCACCUGGAGAACCUGCAGCUUAUCCCCCCAUCUCGUCUCAUGCAGCAGGUCACCCUCAGCUAUGGUGUCUUUGAGAACAAGCUCAAUGUUAUUGAACUCAGCGGCCCCUUCUCACCCCAAGAGGAUCCCUCAAGGUUUCGAUCACUCCACUGCCAUCUCUAUCCUGACACCUCCUGGUGCCUGCAGGCUGUUGGCUGGUGA